AUGAGUGACUUCUUCACUAACUUCACUGAUUCUGGAGACAAUGCUUUGAUGCUGUACCUUGGAGACGCCUCGCCUGGAACCUACACUUAUAAUAUCACCGUCGGCUCCGGGACAUUUUACGAUGUCCUGGCAAUCGAUGGCCAGGGCAACACGAUCUGGGAGGCCGAGGGCGGAUUUCAGGCCGGCAAUGGACCCCAGAUAGUGUCUUUCAACGUCACCGCGUCAGUGCGGUGUCCGCCGGCGCCCCGGCGACCGGCCCGGACGCCAUCUUCGCCUUUACUCCGACUCUCCAACUCUGCUGCCACGGAAGGGGCACAACCCGCAUACGUGUCGUACAGGCCUUCGUUGGAACCCAUUCUAGAGCCCGUCUCCAUCGUCGAAGGCGCCAACAGGGUCGCCCAAGUGCAAACGGAUGCCUAUAACGCCAAAUUAGCAGUCUUCCAUGCAUUCUGCGAAUCAUUCGACCAGGCCGCGAAGCAAUUCACGUCUGGCAUUGAGCAUAGCUUCGCAAACCGAUUCGCCACCAGCUUCCUCGAUUUCUGGCGCCAGUCUCUCUCGAUAAUGCCGCCCGUGACGGCGCCGACGUACAGCAGCGUCGUCGCCGGGCGCAGCCCUCGCCAGCCCCCUGGGGGCCACGCCACUACCACUGCUGAGGCCCCGCCGCCCGCACCACAACAAACAGCCGACAUACGUCUCCAGGGACGACCAAUCCCCGCCCCACCGAAAGAGGACCUCCGGGUCUUUGUGCGACUUGACGCCGAAGCACAGGCGAGGAAGCGCGAAUCGUACGCGAUCCGGACCCACAUCGCCGCGAAAGCCGGCAUCGACCUCCACCAAAUCCCGGCAGCCUUUCCCGUAAACUCGGGCUGGGCUAUUCGCACCGCGGACGCUACCACCAGAGAUCUCAUCGUCCAGCGCCAGUCCGAAUGGGCUGACGAUCUCGGCGCGAAAUCCGUUGAAGUCAGCAAGAAAUGGUACACCUACGUCGUAUCCAAUUGUCCUCGCAGGCUCACUGAUCUCCAAGGCAACGAAGCCGACUACGACGAAGCCGUCAAAGGCGAAAUUACCUGCCAAACCGGCCAGACGGCCGUCAACAUCCGCCCUAGUCGUCACGACUCGAACGAUUUUCCUGUCAAAACACUCCUCGUGUCUUUCCUCAAACCCACGCAGAAACCCUGGCGGCUUUUCGGCCCCAGCAGACUCGGCCGAUACAUCGACAAACCCGCCCCGCCCCGCCAAUGCGACAAAUGCUGGGACUUUCACGCCCGACAUAGCUGCGACCGCCGACUGUCCCGCAAGCGAUGCGGCAAGGCUGGACACGACGACUCCUCUUGCGCAGCGCCGGAGCAGUGCGGCAACUGCCUCGGACCGCAUGCCGCAGAUUUCCUGAAAUGCCCGGCUCGCCCCAUACGAUCCCAUGGCGCCUUCCGCCGAUUGACCAAGGAAGAGAAAACCCGCGUCCGAGAAAUGGGCGCCCAGCUAUCCGCCCAGCUAAGGCAAGGCACGGCUCAGGCGGACGCGCUCCCCCCACCCGACGGAGGAUCGCCUCAGACCGUGAACCCCUCACCCGGACCGGCGCCAUUGAGCGCACCUGAGGCGAACGACCGCCCUAGCCCUUCUGCUCCUGGUAGCACGCCCGGUAGCACGCCCGGCAGCACGCCCCCCAGCGCUCCCCAGCCCACCGACAGCCAAAUCGAGCCUGAAGCCAACACUUCAAGAGCUGAGGGCGAGACCUCGACUCUCAGCCCAACCAUGACUAUAACCCCACCAUACAUCAUCGUGGAUACGACUCCUCGGCCCGCGAGCAGACCUGCCUCUCCUUCGAAGAAGCGACGCAUCGACCCCAUCGCGCAUGAUCCAUGA